GAGCCAAUUUAUUUUAUUUUGAGUUUUGCUAGUUCAAUGUCAAAUGAACACAUUAAAAAAAAAAAAAAAAAAAAAAAAAAAGUGUUUUGAUCAUUUGACACUCAAACUAUUAAAGAUAAUAUUGAGUUCGAAUCAUUUCAUUUAUCUUUUCACUAUCUUUAACGUCUUGGACCUUAUUGAAACUUGUUAUAAGAUUAUACUUAAAAUGAACUUAUUUUAAUUUUCUCUCCGAAAAAGGCUACAAAGAAGUACCCAUAUCCUAAUUUAACCCGGACAAUCCAAGGUUUUUAAUCUACAUCUACUACGCGUUUAUGUACCAAAUAAACCACCCGUGACGGUCCCUCAAACCACCCGUAAUUGUCCCGAAAACAAACACAAUAUAGCAUUAUGAUUUAUGAAUGACUAGUAGAUCGCCCAGCAACAGAAACUAAAAUUAAGCUCCCCAAAAAAAUGCAUCGUUCUACUCUGCAAUCAUCAUGCAACUCUGUUUUACGCAACACUGGUAAUCUCUCUCUUCUCAGUAAUCUCUUCUUCUACUCUUCUUCUUCAAUCAAUCCACAAAAACAACAAUCAUCACAACAACAGAAACAAAUAAGAAACAACCCAGAAACCCAAAAUGCCAUACAAUUAUUCUCAAGAACCCUAAUUGCUUCCCCAAAUCGAGUCCAAAAGCUAAUUUCCUCUCAAUCAGACCCUCUUUUAGCCAAAGAAAUCUUCGAUUUAGCUUCUCGUCAACCCAAUUUUCGUCAUUCUUACUCCACUUGUCACACUCUAAUUCUCAAAUUAGGAAAUGCCCGCCAAUUCUCUCUCAUGGAAAAGCUUCUUCUUGAGCUCAAACGCCUUCGUUAUCCCACUACCCCAGGUUUAUUUUCGAGCUUAAUUUGCAUUUAUGGCGAUGCCCAGAUGCCUGAAAAGGCCCUUAAGAUGUUCUAUAGCAUCGUAGAGUAUGAUUGUAAGCCGACCUCGAAACACCUAAAUCAUGUUCUUGCUAUUCUUGUAUCACAAAGGAAUUUUCUUAGGCCUGCUUUUGAUCUUUUUAGGAUUGCAAGUAAGUAUGAAGUGACCCCAAAUGUGAAAUCUUACAACAUUUUGAUGAAGGCAUUUUGUGGUAAUGAUGAAUUAAGUGUUGCGUAUAAGCUGUUCAAUGAAAUGCUUAAGAGAGAAGUUUUGCCUGAUGUUGAAUCAUAUAGGAUUUUGAUGCAGGCAUUGUGUAGGAAGAGUCAAGUGACUAAAGCUAUGGAUUUGUUGGAUGAUAUGCUCAACAAGGGUUUCAUGCCUGAUACUUUGAGCUAUACUAGUUUGUUGAAUAGUUUGUGUAGGAAGAAGAAGCUUAAGGAGGCUUAUAAGUUGUUAUGUAGGAUGAAAGUUAAAGGGUGUAAUCCAAAUAUAACACAUUACAACACGGUUAUGUUGGGUUUGUGUAGAGAGGGGCGUGCACAAGAGGCCAUCAAGAUUUUGGAUGAUAUGUAUUCGAAUGGAUGUUUGCCAAAUUUGGUGUCCUAUCGAACAUUGGUAGGUGGUUUGGUUGAUCAAGGGAUGUAUGAUGAAGCUAAGAAGUACUUGGAGGAAAUGAUCUCGAAAGGUUGUUCUCCACAUUUUUCAAUCACACAUUCUUUGAUUAAAGGUUUGUGUAAUGUGGGUAGGAUAGAAGAAGCUUUUGAGGUGCUUGGAGAGCUUCUUAAACAUGGUGAAGCACCAUAUAUUGGUACUUGGCAAGAAGUCAUACCGCGAAUUGCUCAGGCAGAGGAGAUGGAAAGAUUGGAUGGAUUGUUGGAUGAGGUGAUUGAGGUUGAUAUAAAACCUCAUACAAAGAUAAUUGAGGCGGGAGCUGCUUUGGAGGAGUACUUGAUAAAAAAGAUACAAGAAAAUUAUAAGAAAGCUUGAGUUUUUGUGUGCUAGCCUUCUAGUUGAGGAUACAAAGAAACAAUGUCGAUUCAUUGGCCAUUGGCCUUGUUUGGUACUUGUGUAACACUCCAGUAAUUGUGAUUUUUCCAAAGCAAUUCCUCAAGUCCUAUUUGUUGUGACAAUUUAUUAGUUGUUUGCAUCAGACUAUUUUGACUAGUUGAUUGUAAUUAAAUGUUUGUGUAAAAGUGUUUAGUAAAUAACCAUAAAGCUCUUUUAGUGUUUAGUUGAUUGUAAUUAAAUGUUUGUUUAAAAGUGUUUAGUAGUUACUAGUUAAAGUUCUUUUA